CUCCACCACAUGGAACUAGGCAAUGAUACACAAAUUUCAGAGUUUCUUCUUCUGGGAUUUUCAGAGGAACCAGAACUGCAGCCCCUCAUAUUUGGGCUUUUCCUCUCCAUGUACCUGAUCACUGUGUUUGGAAACCUGCUCAUCAUCCUGGCCGUCAGCUCUGACUCCCACCUCCACACACCCAUGUACUUCUUCCUGGCCAACCUGUCCUUUGUAGACAUUUGCUUCACCUCCACCACCGUCCCGAAGAUGCUGGUGAACAUCCAGACCCAGAGCAAAGUCAUAACCUAUGAGGACUGCAUCACCCAGAUGUAUUUUUUCCUACUCUUUGCGGGAUUGGACAACUACAUCCUGACUGUGAUGGCCUAUGACCGAUUUUUGGCCAUCUGUCACCCCCUGCACUACAUGGUCAUCAUGAACCCCCGGCUCUGUGGGCUGCUGGUUCUGGUGUCUUGGCUUUCUGUGGUCUCCUUAUUUUACUGUACGAGCCUAGGUGUGUACCUUAGCUCAGCUGCUACCCAGAGCUCCCACUCGGGUGCCACGGCCUCGGUGAUGUACACGGUGGUCACGCCCAUGCUGAACCCCUUCAUCUACAGCCUGAGGAACAGAGACAUAAAGAGGGCUCUGAAAAAAUCCUUUGGAAAGGAAACUAUGAAAGGACCAAUUGCCCUGGGGCAAUUGCACCUGAUGGCAGAACUCAAAGCUUGA